AUGCCGCACCCUUCUCUUCUGCGCCGUCUCCUCACCCGGCGCCGCGUGGUCCUCGCCUGCGCUGCCGUCACCGUGCUCGCGGCGGCCGCGGCUCUGCUUCUGGCUGCUCCGACCACCGAGGUCCCCGGCCGCGCCUUGCUCGUGGCUGGCGCCCGCCUCCACCCCAGGCCCCGUGCCGCCGCGGCGGGGCGCUCCCCGGACGACGCCCCCUCGCCCUCGCUGCCGCCGCCCCCUCCCCUCAAUGCCAAGGUCCGUUUGCCAUCUAAGAUAUCACCGGCCCCUUCCAUGUUUUCUGCGCCGGUGCCUUCGCCGGUGGAGAAUUUUGAUGAUGGAUCAACAGAGGAACCCGAGCAUCCUGAUAUGAAGGAAAAUCCACUGAAGGAAUCGGCCCCUUUUCUCCAGGAGCCCAUUUCCAGUGGUCCUCCUACAAGGAGGUCUGACGUCAGCGAAGACCUUGACGAGAGUGGAAAUGCAGAACCGCCUUCAAGGCCAGAGCAGAUGCCGCUUUGGUCAACGAAGGCAGAUGAAGAACUUAUAUAUGCAAAGAAAGAGAUUGCCGAUGCGCCAUUGGUAGUUGGUGACCCUGAUUUGUAUGCACCUCUAUUCAGGAACAUAUCUGUCUUUAGGAGGAGUUAUGAACUGAUGGAGAGGCUUCUUAAGGUUUUCAUAUAUCAUGAUGGAGCAAAACCAAUUUUUCAUUCUCCGGAGUUGAAGGGCAUCUAUGCGUCCGAGGGAUGGUUUAUGAAACUCAUGGAGGCAGAUCAGAAUUUUGUUGUCAGGGAUCCAAACAGAGCGCACCUGUUCUAUCUGCCGUAUAGCGCUCGACAGCUGGAGCAUAAUCUUUAUGUGCCUGGAUCAAAUACACUCGACCCGCUGUCUAUAUUUAUGAAGAAUUACAUAGAUAUGAUCUCUGCUAAGUUUCCGUACUGGAAUCGGACGAAAGGCGCCGAUCAUUUUUUUGUUGCUUGCCAUGACUGGGGACCUUACACGACCAAAUUACAUGACGAAUUGCGGAAAAACACCAUCAAAGCUCUCUGUAACGCAGAUGUCUCAGAAGGGGUUUUCAUCCGUGGAAGGGACGUGUCCCUUCCAGAAACAUACCUCAAGUCUGCAAGGAGACCUGUGAGAGAUAUCGGCGGAAAGCCAGCGGCCGAGAGAUCUAUCCUGGCCUUCUUUGCAGGGCAGAUGCAUGGCCGUGUUCGGCCCGUCCUUGUCAAGUACUGGGGAGGCAAGGACGCGGACAUGCGGAUAUACACCCGGAUCCCACGCCAAAUCACUCGGCGGAUGAACUAUGCCAAGCACAUGAAGUCGAGCAAGUACUGCAUCUGUCCAAUGGGGUACGAGGUGAACAGCCCCCGGAUCGUGGAGGCGAUCUACUACGAGUGCGUCCCGGUGAUCAUCGCCGACAACUUUGUGCUCCCGUUUGACGACGCGCUUGACUGGACCGCGUUCUCCGUGGUGGUGGCAGAGAAAGAUGUACCCAGGCUGAAGGAGAUCCUGCUGGCGAUCCCGGAGAGCAGGUACAUAACCAUGCGGUCCAAUGUGAAGAAGGUGCAGAGGCACUUUCUGUGGCACACGAAGCCCGUCAAGUACGACAUCUUCCACAUGAUCCUGCACUCGGUUUGGUUCAGCCGGGUGAACCAGGUGCACCAAGUAGAGCAGUAACAGUAGAGCACUAUAGUCAUCUUCCACCUUCAGGUAAGCUCUUUAGUCUGAAGAAAGCAAGGAGGUGAUGUAACCUGACCUCGAUAGACACUUGUAGUAUUCUAAUUGUAACCCGAUCUAUACUCUGCCUUGCAAAGAAAAAGGAGAGAAAAUUACAGAGUUGAGCUCCUGACAUUACUGAAUGUGGCGACAGAACAUUUACAUGUGGAUGUAUAGGUCGAACCAACUAACAGAAACAUAUAACUUUCACAUUA